GAGAGAAGGGGCAUGCGCAGCUCCACAGUCCUCAUUGUGCACGCAGUGAGUGAAGGGGCAUGCGCAGCUCCACAGUCCUCAUUGUGCACGCAGUGAGUGAAGGGGCAUGCGCAGCUCCACAGUCCUCACAGGUUAUGUAAUUGAAGAGUUUUGAAAGCGGUUCUCUAUAGCAGUUUGUGCAGACUCGGCACUGACACUCCCGCAGAAUAACACAAUGCCGCGUCAGCGAGCAGCUAGGUCAGCUGAUUCGUGUGUCACCUGAUUGCGGGACUCGUGAAAAACAACUUCCUUAAACACAAGGAGCAGCUGGGAUUGAGCGCCGAGAGAUCAGCCGAGCGCGCCGGGGAGACUGCUACACCGUGGACAGAGCGCCCGAACCCCGCUGCACGGUGACUCGCUGAGCGGGGAGAGGCGAUUUAUUGCCCGGAGUGUUUAUCUGUGCAACUCCGCGAGUCACAGAGGAUCACGGAAUCGAAACAGAAGCAUUGUCUGAAAUCGCCGCGGCCGUGACCCCUGUGUGACCCCGCGAUGGACACCAGUGGUCUGACUCGUGGUGCUUUGGGCUCCGGACCCUUGGACGGGAACUUCUCGUCUCUCUGCCCCAACGGGUCUGUGUGGGUGUGGAAGGGGCUGCGGGAGUGUGCUGAGGACAGCCGGGACAUGGCCAGCGUCGUCCUGGGGCUGCUGUCCAUCGUGUGCUUCAUGGUGUCGUCACUGCCGCAGUACUACAGGUCCUAUAAGUCUGGCAACAUGGACCAGGCCUUGUCAAUAUGGUUCCUAUUGGGUUGGCUGGGAGGAGAUUCCUGCAAUCUGAUUGGCUCCUUCCUGGCUGACCAGCUUCCUCUGCAGAGCUACACUGCAGUGUACUACAUCCUGGCAGACCUGCUGAUGCUGGGGCUCUACCUGUACUACAAGAUGAAGAACAGGAACACAGAGUGGCGUAGUGGAGUGUUGAACACAGUGGGCGUGUUCUCUCUUCUGGGAGUCUCAGCCUCCCUGUCACUCUUCAAGGGGGCGGGGCUGCACAGUGACACACCCCCAGGGUUCAGAGGUCGUGUGCUGCUGUCCCUCACUGCGGACGAGAACGGCGCGGAGUCGUUCACCAGCUUGGAGAUCGUGGGCUUCGCGAUCGGCUCCGUCUCCUCAGUGCUGUACCUGUGCUCCCGCGGGCCGCAGAUCUACACCAAUUUUAAGAGGAAGUCGACUGCAGGCGUGUCCUGCUUCCUGUUUGCGCUGGUGAUUCUGGGAAACAUGACAUACGGACUGAGCGUGCUCCUGAAGAACCCGGACCGUGGCCAGGCCGAGGGGAACUACGUGCUGCACCACCUGCCCUGGCUGAUCGGGAGCCUGGGGACCCUGAGUCUGGACAUCAUCAUCGCCCUGCAGUUCAUGCUGUAUCAAAACCCGCCCCCCGAAGAGAAGAGCGAGGAGCGCGCCGCCCUGCUGGACAAGGAGAGUAACGGCAGCGUGUACGGCUCACAGGAUCCUGCCUCGGGGGGGGGGGGGGGUUUGUGUGAUUGCUGUGUGUGUGGCUAGGGUUAGGGUUUGAAAAGGAAACUCUUUUAAAGGCUCAUUCUGGAACGAGGGUUUCAAUCCCCUCACAAUCAGGCUGCUGUCUUUAUCCCCCCCGAACUCUGAUUUUAAUCAUCUUCUCAAAUCUCUUUCUAGUGCAGCAGCAGACUGGGUUGUAACUGCAGUUCCUGUAAGUGGGAUACUUGCAUUGCACACAGUGCCACCUGCUGGACACACAUUUUAUUGCACCUGUUUAACUGUUCAGAACUCUGGUCAUUCCAAAGUUGUGCACACACAGCAGAUAGGUAAAGGGAAUUUGAAUGGUGCUAUCUAAUCAAUAUGGUCUGGGUGUUGAGCGCUGCUCUUCCAUUGUGUUGAUGUUCAUACCUCAGUCAGGUGCUGCAUUCUUCAGCACACUUUAUAUAAUAAUCUUUAUACUGUAAUGCUUUCUUUUUGCAGCAGGGGGCGCUAUAGAUGUUGUUUCCAUACAUGCAGGCUGUUUGAAAUGUCCUGGCCCGUUGCAGGGUACACAGUGCCAUCACUGUAUAGAAAUGCGUAUUGUGGAAGUACUGUAUAUUAGGGCACGUCAAUCACAAGAGCCCCCUGCUGGGGAAAGUGCAGCAGUGCAUGUGUGAGGUCAUUUCUUAUCUAUUACUAAGUACUGUAAAUGUUUACAAUGAAACCUGAGCAUUUUAUAUAUCGGAUGACAUAUCGUACAAUAAAAACAAGAAGUUUAGAAACUGAAA